GGUGAGCCUCUCUUACCAACAUCCAUUUCAACUGACAAAAACUCAUCCAUUUCAGCUGAUAAAAACUAGGGUGUGCUUCCUUUCAAAACUUGAGCCUCUAGAAUCCUCAAGCAGUGGGGCAAGCGUAAGCUUCUCUUUGAUUUGCUAUAUUUCUCACCCAAAUUGAACAGGGGUGGCAAGAAGGGACAAAAACAAAUUAAAGCGGGUAGGACCAAUCGAGAAGGUGGAAGUAGUUCUACUGAUGUCUCCCUCAAACCGAAUGUGGAAAUUGUCUGACUGAACAACUGGACAAGAGUGACGUUUGUUGAGUUAUUCUUAGACAUGCAAAGGACCAAACUUCUCGAGAUGAUGCGGGUUUGGAUGUAAAUUCUGAAGCAACUAUGUUGGGGAUUGGGAAGGAAUUGGGUUUGACGAAUUCUGAAUCGGACGAGGCAACGUUGUUAUUUUUCUUAAAUCAGAUUAAAUCUUAUCAGGUUCAUCGCUCUAAUGCUGCAAUUUGAUUUGCUCUGUCAUUGGGUGCUGCUGGUCUCUUUAUUAUUGUUAUUUUUUUUAUUCUUGGGGUUUUUGAAACUGACUUGUUUGUCAAUGAAUCGAAGUCCACUUUAUAUUGAGACAAAAGCAAACCAUCGUCGUGGCCUUGCUCUUUCACCGUAAACCCUUAGGAGAGAUUUUCUUAGCACCAAAACAAGAACUGAAGGACACGAGUACACUGGAAUGUCGUUGUCGUUUACUUUGAAGCAACCGUCUUAGCGAAGACAAUGGCCAUCGCCACCGCAGUGAUCUCUUUGAAGCUCAUCACCAGUCGCAGGCUUCAGCCUAAAAAUCAUACUCCGAUUCUUGCCCAAAAUCGGCCCUUCAAGGUCUCAUGCUGUGUUCUUCACAAUCCAAGCUCUCUCCAUACUCAUUUUCAGAAACUCGUCGAUGAAUUUGACCCUCGUAUUCCGAUAGAGAAAGCCCUGACUCCUCCCAGAUCCUGGUACACCGACCCUUCAUUUUACGAUUAUGAGCUCCAUCGUGUCUUCUAUGGAGGAUGGCAGGCUGUUGGAUUCACUGAACAGAUAAAGGAUCCUCGUGACUUUUUCACAGGAAGAUUUGGAAAUGUAGAAUUUCUUGUGUGUCGAGAUGAUGAUGGCAAGGUUCAUGCGUUUCACAAUGUGUGCCGCCAUCAUGGCUCUCUUCUUGCAUCGGGAAGUGGGAAAAAGUCUUGCUUUGUAUGCCCUUACCAUGCUUGGACUUAUGGUUUAGAUGGAGCACUUCUUAAAGCAACUCGAAUAACAGGAAUGCAAAAUUUCAAUGUAAAUGAGUUUGGGCUUAUUCCACUAAAUGUAGCUACUUGGGGGCCAUUUGUUCUUCUCAGUGUGGGCAAAGAGAAUUCACCUCAUCACGAAGUUGAUGGCAAUAUGGUGGAAAAUGAAUGGCUUGGUAGCUGUUCUGAUACACUGAAAACCAAUGGAGUUGAUUCUUCUUUGAGUCAUGUUUGUAGACGUGUAUACAAUAUUGAAUGCAACUGGAAGGUGUUUUGCGACAACUACUUGGAUGGUGGCUACCAUGUUCCAUAUGCACAUAAAGAUUUGGCAUCUGGUUUGAAGCUUGAUUCUUACUCCACCAUAAUAUACGAAAAGGUCAGUAUCCAAAGAUGUGAAGGUGGCUCAGCUGGAAGUGAAGAUGAUUUUGGUCGGCUUGGAUCAAAAGUUUUAUAUGCUUUCAUUUAUCCUAAUUUCAUGAUUAACAGAUAUGGGCCUUGGAUGGAUACCAACCUUGUGCUGCCUCUCGGACCCAGAAAAUGCCAAGUGAUAUUUGACUACUUUAUUGAAGCUCAUCACAAGGAUGACAAAGCUUUCAUUGAAAGGAGUCUAGUAGAUAGCGAAAGAGUACAGAUGGAGGAUAUUAAGCUUUGUGAAGGCGUUCAGAGUGGUCUUGAAUCUCUAGCAUAUUGUAGCGGUAGAUAUGCUCCCACAGUUGAGAAAGCUAUGCAUCAUUUCCACCAAUUGCUUCAUGAUAAUCUUAAAAUGUGAGUGUCCUGAUGCCUUAAUCAUAAGUUUCAUGUUCAGUAUCAAGUACAAAUCAUGCACUCACAAGCUUAGACAAGAUCUUCAAGUACUCAGUCCGCCCAUUUUUGUAAAUGAAUAUCAAGUACAUCAAGUUUUUGGUCCUUGGUUUUAUACAAGGGAUUUGAAUUCCACAUC